CCUGACUCUUCACGGUACAAACCUUAAUGAAAUGGAAACUCAUCUCAGCAAAGACCAGAGAAAAAGAAAAAUGGAGGAAAACACUUCUGGUAACUUGUCAAAACAACCAAGUUUUACUUGUGUUAAGAAAGCAAAACGAGAUGACUGUAAGGACUUGACUCUUUGCAGUAUGAUCCUUACUGAAAUAGAAACUCAUGAGGAUGCAUGGCCUUUUCGUCUUCCUGUAAACUUGAAAUUUGUUCCUGGUUAUACCAAAGUUAUUAAGAAGCCUAUGGAUUUUUCCAUAAUUAGAGAGAAAUUAAUUAGUGGACAGUAUCCAAACCUGGAAGCCUUUGCUGUCAAUGUCAGGCUUGUUUUUGACAACUGUGAAGCAUUUAAUGAAGAUGAUUCUGAUACAGGCAGAGCUGGCCACAGUAUGAGGAAGUAUUUUGAAAAAAAGUGGACAGAUACGCUCAAAGUGAGCCGAAGCUACAAUAAUUUCUCUUUUUUCCUUUUCAAUAAGGACAAAUAAGACCAGCAAUGUGAACUAUAUUUUACAUAAAUGUGCAAGGCACACACGUAAUGACUUUUUUUUUUCCUUAAUAAAAGUAUCACACACAAAAAAAAGUAUCAGAAGAAUGAUACCAUUUUUAAAGGCUUCACUCCUACAACAACCAAGGCCCUUGGUUAUUGGUUUGUGUGAUUUAUCAGCUAAUUUAGGUAGAACAGGGAAGCACACCCAAAGAAUUUUCAAAGGUAAGGGUGUUAUAGAGUGAUAGCAAUUAAAAUAUAUCAAAUCGCACUGAAUAUUCAACACCAGAGCUCUAAUGUGGGAGAUGGUUCUCCUUUCCCUCUCAAUAAAUAUCUACUUUUCCUUUUUUUACUUUGUAGUUUAAUGUUUAGUGAAUGUAUUUA